GACGACCGUAGGGGUUUGUUGCCGUAAGGUCAGAAGGCUAAUAAAAGCGUCAGCCACCCCCUCGCGACGUCGAAGAAAUGCAGAGGAAAUUGCUCCAUUGCAAGGCGAUGCGCCAGUUUGUUUAUUCGGCGGAAGGACACAUCACCUGGUUAUACGCUGCUGCGGAAAUGGUGGAGUGACGGUGUUUUACGGAUAGGAUUAUUGGAUUGGGUGGUUAUGGAGAUGAACUUAUGGAAAGUGGGAUUUGAAGAGCAAUGACACUCGACCAAAUCACCGACAACCGUCGAAUCGACUUCAGUUGAGGAGUAAAAGCACCAGCAGAUACCCAGAGGCAUAAACAGAUGGACAGUAAUUACAGAGCGAACGUCGGCAAAUGGCUGCCUCGAGUCGCAGCCAACCUCGAGAAGUACUUCGCGGAUUCGUCGGCACUGAACGAGACAAUGGGACGCCUCGCGCGAAGGAUAGCAGCCCUAUUGAAGAACGCCUCGAGAAGCGAUUCCUACGAUCAGACCGAACUGAAGUCACUGAUCAAGGAGCUGGAGUCGGUUAUUCCGGAAUACAGGAUGAUGUCCGAGGUGGUGGAAACGCAGAAUCUCAUAUUCAAGUACAAGAUCGAGCACUUGACGACCAGUUUGAAGAGGAGCGUUAACAUCGUUGCCAGAUGUACCCGUCUUCUGAUCAAUGAAAUUUGCAGCUGUACGAAUCACGAGUAUCUGAGAAUGAUCUUUAGGUUAGUCAACGUUUACAACGACUUGCUGAGUUUGGACCACGACGUGUCUGAGCCGUCUGUGAAUAUAUUCUACAACGACUGCCCGAACAUGUUGGAGCCUCUAAAGAUCAUCUCGGUGUCUCGAAUACUUCAGAUCAUAGCCAACAAACGAGCUGAGGAAUACUGCCACGAGCUCAUCGACUGUCUCCUGGCGAAUUAUCGAUCCAGCUGUGAUAAAGACGAUAGCCGAUUCAUGGCUUCGAACGACAUCGAAGUCGCGGAAAAUUCAAGCAUAGAAAUUUAUCGGACUUUAACCAAACACCUGACACCUCCGAUAACAGCAGCGACUGGAGCUCGAGAAGCCGUUUCCAACAUUGAAAGUAUGCAGGCUUUGGUGAACACCCAAAACGAGCAAGUGGUCAGGCUUCUGAACGUCGUGAAAAUCAUAUCGCCUCAACUGCUCGGCUCCGAUGCUACGAGAAUCGAAAAUGACGAGCUGAAAAUACGCAGAACGGCGGUGAAAAAGGUGACGGAAUUUUAUCAAGAAGUCGCUUGGGGCUCGGUCUCGAGCAUAUUGGAUCACGUAGUUCUCUGGUGGUCGAGGGAAGCUCUCGCUGCGCGACACAGUCAUGGUUCGCAGCAUUUAAAGGAUUGGCUGCAUCAGUUUAUUCAAGGAAGUGAAGUUCCAUCCACCGUAAGACCGGCUCUUCAAACUCUCUGCGACGCACUCGGAUGUCACGUGACCAUCACAGCUUGGGACCAACUUUUUCGACUGGCUUAUACGGCCGCGUUUGAGUGUCAAUCAAAGGCGCCGCCUGAAAUUGCCGAGAGCUCAAGGGAGUGCAUAACAAAAGGCACGGACACGGGCCAGAAAUUCGCGGAGCUGUUCGAGCUACUGAUGACUCUGAGCAACGCCUGCGAGACCGGCGGCGAGUGGGUCAUCGGCGCACCUCUGGUCGAGCUUCCCCUUUCCGAGCAGAUCGUCGUGCUGCAUCGAAUGGAUCACUCGGUCCACACGAUGCGACUAUGGGCUAUGCAGGAGGCCCGGAUGAUCGCCCACACUUGGGAACUCGAGGUUUUCUUCCUCAUCGUCAAGGGCGACAUCGUCAACUGCCUCGAAAUCUUGUCCUAUCUCAAGCUUGCGGAUCACUCGAACGAGUUGGAAAGCGAGCCGGUGAGCGUUCAAGUUUACGUGUGUGCCAAGAUGCGGGCGAAAAUCGUCUCGGAAGUCACGGCGAAUAUUCAGCUUUUGAAGGAAGCUCCAGCUCUGUGUACAAAGAUUCUCGCGCAAAUCGGCCGUGUCGUCAGUCUGGCUAAUCUCCACAUGUGCUUCCCGAAGUCGAGCUAUUGGAGAAGAAAUCUCAGCGUGGCUCCUAAUGCCCCGAGUCUCUACGUCGAAAGUUACUUCGAACGCGUACUCCUUCCGAUCCUGGAAGUGAUAAACGACCCCGAGACCUCGAACAUGGUACUGCGAAUAAUGUGCGAAGCUUGGCUGGACUACAUCUACCUCCACAAGAUAAAAUUCAGCGAGUGGGGUGCACUGCAGCUGCUCAAGGAUUUCGCGCACGUACUGACGUGGGUGACGGAAUGCGGUAUAAUCUCGGAAAAAGUUCGCCAACAUCUUCUGAAAAACGAGGUACUGCGAAGAUGCGAGGGCGUAGGUCGUCUGCUGCUGCGCCAUCCCGGCGAGGCUAUAUCGAUGAACAAGAAGCUCCCUCAGAGGACGAGCGACAACGGCUCGCCGGAAUCCCUGGGCCUGGAACGUAUGCCCGCAGAGAUGUACGUGCCGAAUCAGGAGCAGUGGCUGGAACUUCGAGCUUCGAAGGGAUUGAGCUUUUGUUGUAUGGAUUGAGCUUGAAAAUAAAAGUGUACAAAGGACAA